AUGUCGGUGGCGGAAGGUCCUGCAGCGCGGGCCAGCGGGAGGGACCGGGAAGGCCUCCGCGCCCAACGGAGUCCUGGUUCCAAGUCUGCGGGCCCGAGCCCGGCCCGAGAAGGGGAAGUGGUGGAUGAGGCUGGGCCCAUAGGGCUAAUGGCCGCCAGGUGGCUGAUGGUGGAGACCAUGUUCAGAGCAGAGCCUGGGGGCCCAUCCGCAGGGGCCCCUAUCAGCCCCCUGCUUCCAACUGCAGGUGUGAAUAAGUCCCACACAGUGGACUGCCGUGAGGUAUGUGGCCUGAACGUCUCUGACCGUUGUGACUUCAUCCGAACCAACCCCGACUGCCACAGUGCUGGAGGCUACCUGGACUACCUUGAAGGCAUCUUCUGCGUCUUCUCCCCCAGUCUCCUCCCUCUGGCCAUCACUCUUUACGUUCUCUGGCUCCUUUACUUGUUUUUGAUUCUGGGAGUCACCGCAGCAAAGUUUUUCUGCCCUAACCUGUCAGCCAUUUCUACCACUCUCAAGCUCUCCCACAAUGUGGCUGGUGUCACCUUCCUGGCCUUUGGCAACGGUGCUCCUGACAUCUUCAGUGCACUGGUGGCUUUCUCGGACCCGCGCACAGCCGGCCUGGCCUUUGGGGCACUGUUUGGUGCUGGCGUGCUGGUCACCACGGUGGUGGCGGGUGGCAUCGCCAUCCUGCAACCCUUCACAGCCGCCUCCAGGCCCUUCCUCAGGGACAUCAUUUUCUACAUGGUAGCUGUGUUCCUGACCUUCACCGCACUCUACUCUGGCCGGGUCACGCUGGCCUGGGCCCUGGGCUACCUGAGCUUGUAUGUGUUCUACGUGGUCACUGUGGUUCUGUGCACCUGGAUCUACCGACAGUAUCGGAGCAAAUCCCUGGUUUACUCCAUGCCGGGCACUCCAGAGCUGCUGUCAGACUCCGAGGAUGACCAGGUGUCUUCUAAUACCAACAGCUAUGACUAUGGGGAUGAGUACCGGCCACUGGUCUCCUACCAGGAGACCACGGCCCAGAUCCUGGCCCGAGCCCUCAACCCACUGGACUAUAGGAAGUGGCGGAACAAGUCUGCCUACUGGAGGGUCCUCAAGGUGUUCAAGUUGCCCGUGGAAUUCGUGCUGCUCCUCACGGUACCCGUCGUGGACCCAGACAGAAACAGCAAAAGGAUGGAGACAAUGUUUCAUAUGUCUUUCUUUUCUAUAAAAUGUGACUGGAGCUUGAGGGCAGGGCUGUAUGGCCUCUAUGAGAUUGGCAGCCUCUUUCCUGUCUGGGGCAUGGUGGUGAUUGUGGGCACAGCCUUGGCUGCAGUGACCUUCUUUGCCACAUCCAACACCGAGAUCCCCAGGCUUCACUGGCUCUUUGCUUUCCUGGGCUUCCUGACCAGCGCCCUGUGGAUCAACGCAACUGCCACGGAGGUGGUGAACAUCUUGAGGUCCCUGGGCGUGGUCUUCCGACUGAGCAACACGGUCCUUGGGCUCACACUGCUGGCCUGGGGGAACAGCAUUGGAGAUGCCUUCUCAGAUCUCACCCUGGCCCGCCAGGGCUACCCGCGGAUGGCGUUCUCGGCCUGUUUUGGCGGCAUCAUCUUCAAUAUCCUCGUGGGAGUGGGACUGGGCUGCCUGCUGCAGAUCUCCCGGGGCCACCCGGACGUGAAGCUGGAGCCGGAUGGACUGCUGGUGUGGGUCUUGGCCGGUGCCCUGGGGCUCAGUCUUGUCUUCUCCCUGGUCUCGGUCCCUGUGCAGUGCUUCCAGCUGAACAGAGCCUAUGGCGGCUGCCUGCUCCUCUUCUACGUCAACUUCCUCAUUGUGGCCCUACUCACCGAAUUCGGAGUGAUUCACUUGAAAAGUGUGUGA